UUUCCGCAGGGAUUUUCCCAUCUUUUAUACAAACCUUGGAAGUGUAAAUACAGUAAAAACAUCGCAUUAAUUCCUAACAAAUCAAAAUGCGGCAGUUUUUGUAAUAUUCUGUUAAAAAUUUUAAACACCAACGAGUCAAAAAAAGUAGGAAGCGCAGAUAUGUCCUGUUGUAUCCAAAGCUGCCCCGGACAUACCGGGUUGAUCUCCUUUCCAAAGGAUGCACGCUUUCGGAAACGUUGGCUGCAAGCUGUCAAGAUCGGCAAUGGAUGUACGGAAUGGAAAGAGGCCGAUGGUGAACUAAUUUGCUCUACGCAUUUUGCCGACCAAAACGAUCUGCAGUAUCAGGAACCCACAGAAUUUAUUAAUAACCGAGGUCAGCACGUAUCGCUUGCAAGCUGCCGUUUGUGUUUAAGGUUCGGACUGGAGUCGCAGAUGUUUCCUCUAAAAGGACAGCUGGCCGGACAGAAUUUGAAGUCUGUCAUUCUCAACACACUACGGAUUGUUGUUAAAAAGAUGGAUUUCUUACGACACAUUUGUAGGCCAUGUCUCAUUAAGCUAGAUAUGAUUCGAACGAUACAAAAUACUUUUCUGCUCAGAGAUGCUCAGUAUCAAUGUCUACAGCAGGUGAAACCGAGUCUGCAACGCAAUCCAGAUGUGAUUGAGGAGGUUAUCGAAGAAAUUAUCAUUGAGUUUAGCGAAGGGCAGAUGCAACUUGUUCAAAUUCUCGGGGAGGAAAAUGGUGAGCGUUCCGGUUACGAGGUGAAACUAGAUCAGUCUCAAAAUGUCACAGAAAACGUAGAAGGAGAAGCUCUUUCGUUGCCACAUUUAGAAAAUUCAGGUUCUAAAUCAAACGCAGAACAAACUCAAUAUCAGGAAGACAUAAAAGAGGACGAUUUGCCUUUGCCAUCUACAGAAAAUUCGAAAUGUGAAUUGAAUGCAGACGAACCACAAAAUCAUAAAGAAAGUGAUAAAGAGGACAUAUUUCCGUUGCAACCUACCGAGAAUCCAAGUUUUGACAUGAUACCAGACAAAUUUGAUGACACGGAAAGCGAAACGGAAGCAUUACCACUUCCCAAAAUACAAUAUUGGCGCAAGGCGAAAAAAGAACAGAAAGCAGAAACAAUCUACGGCAUCACCUCUAGGUCGUGCUAUAUUUGCCCCAACAAAAUACAGUUAGAAAACGCCGAUGAGCUGAUGGGUCAUCUAAUUGAGACACACGCUGGACAGGACAGGUAUGCUUGCGAGCAAUGCGAAGGUCUUACGUUUCCGUGGGUUGAAAUGUACAAUCGGCAUCUCGCUAUGCAUGACCCUACUGAACGCAGCUUCAAGUGCAGCUUUUGCGCAAUCCGAUACCGCACGAAACUAGCUGCCAACAAACACGAAAAUACCGUUCACGGGGCGAAUAACAAACUGCCGAAAGCAAACAAACGUUACCCUUACUCACAGGGACAGUGCGAGGUGUGCGGGAAACUCUUCGCUUCGGCCAAAGAAACACUGCUACAUCGGGCGGCCAAGCAUGAAAAUGGGUAUGCAGCGCAGUGCAAAAUAUGUCACAAAACAUUCGAGAGGAGAAAGAACCUGGUGUCACACGUGCUAACGCACACCGGUGAAUUGCCCUAUAAAUGUCCCAUUUGCGAUGAGCGGUUUCGUGUCGUCACGGAUCGAAAGAAACACGUUUUGUCCGUUCACGAAGGUAAAGAGCCAUACGAAUGUAGAAGGUGUCAGCUUACGUUCAAACACAAACAAGAAUUCCAACGCCAUCGAAAUACGGUUCACGCAACGCCGGCUGCACGUAGACGGAUUUAUCGAUGUCUUCUCUGUCCAGAGGAAACUUACGUUGCAAAUAUGCUGGAAGUGCACGUUAACAAUGUUCACUCGGAGCAAGAGUACCCGUACGUGACGUGUCCGUUGUGUCCGGAAAAAUUCUUUUCCGAUUUACAGCAACAGACCCACCAUCACUACCGACACACUGAUAAACGUCCAGUGAAAGAAUUCAAGUGUGAGCUGUGCAAUCGCAGCGGCAUGAAGAAAUCGACUUUUAUAGUACACAUGGCGCAGAAACAUGGGGCGGAGAAAAAACACGUUUGCUUAAUCUGCGGCAAGAAGUAUGCCCUGCGCCAUAGCCUUUGGCUUCACGAGAAAACGCAUCACAAGAAGACGGAGGCUAGUUUCGAAUGUGAUUUUUGUGAUGAACGGUUCGAGUCGAAAAGCGAUAUGGUCGAUCACUGGAGAAAAACUCACGCUUAAAGGUUGAUAAUAAAUCUAGGUAUUGAGUAAUUUGUUUUGUUGUACAUGAAGAAAACAUACCGAUUUCCAUGUUACCUUUGAACCAUUAGAUUAGAUUUUUAAAAUACAACUUGAAGCUUAACCACCAAUUCACUGCGUCAUCAAAAUAAAAAUAAGAUGUACUCUU